GAUGAGGGGUGUAGGGAGGUGGUGGAGAAAUCAUGGGGCGAGGGAAGGACCAGGGGGUUGCAGGAGUGUGUCACUCUAUGUGGUGAUCGGUUAACACGCUGGGGUGGAGACCGAUUCCAUAAGUUUGGUGAGAAAAUAUUGAGUUUACGUAAGGAACAGAUGCGCCUAAGGGGGUGUACGGAUCCGGUAUCCCUAGCUGAGUUUCGAAGACUAGAUGAAUGUUUGGCUCGUAUUGAGUUACAGGAGGAUACGUACUGGAGGCAGAGGGCCAAACAGCAUUGGCUCAAGGAUGCGGAUUCAAACACCAGGUUUUACCACAGUGGCACUCUUAUACUAUAUUUGGCGUGCAAGGAAUGGAGCUGUAUGGGAGGCAGCCUUGCCCAGGCCUCGGAAAAUAAUUGCAAUGGCAUCAUCAGCUGUGAAUGCUUGGAAAUUAGCCCAUCCUGGUCUGCGUUUGCUGGCCACCUCAGCGGCAUCAACCAGCCGGACUGCCACCGUGGUGGACAGCCAUACGACUACAGCGAUUUCCUCGGCAACUCCCAACAUUACUGCUGUGCAGAUUACACCGCAGCAGCCAACACCGAUCAUGGAAUUCCAACCCACACGACAUAUGAGGAAUCAAUGUUACUUCGAUGCGGCGUACGACCCACAGACAAACAAAGCAGCGGUAGGAGCUAUUAUUUUAAGUUGGCAAGGACAUUAUAUUUCGGCUAUGACUGCCCCAAUGAUAAACUGUUUUUCACCACUAAUGGCGGAGGCCUAUGCAUGCAAGGAAGUUUUGUCGUGGCUAAGAAGUCGCGAAAUAAAGUCUAUCGACCUCUUCACGGAUUGUUUGGUACUUCAACAAUACCUAUCAUCUAUGACACACUCGUCAAGAUCGUACUUGGGAUAUGCCAUUGAUAGUUGCAGGACUAGUAUCUUAUCUUUUGAUUGUUGUUUACUUCAUUAUGUUCCUAGACUAGAUAAUUAUUUAGCUCAUACUUUAGCAUCUACUGCUUUUACUCAGUCAACUAGUAUGUACUCGGACUAUGAUCCGCCAGCAUCUAU